AAGUUAAAAGGGGCUUUGAAAGCUAGUUCUAGAGGCAAUGGGCAGCGCCAUGGAAGAUUACUUCGCAGCUCUUUGGAAGAUGAUGGGAGUGGGAGAGAGGGAAGAGAGGCCCAAGGAUCAUGGGAGUAGUCAGUGUGAGCAGGCUCCAGGGCCUGAACUGAGCGAUGACUGGGAAGAAGGGAUGGAUACACGUUAUCUGGACAAUAAAAGCAAACUCCUUGAGAAAAGGGACUGCAGGAUUCUAUCUUCCCAUUCCCAGGAAAUCUUCUGAAUGUUCACAAUUCUAUGGAAACCUCCAUUCAACUGACGAAUCCAAGGCCUAAAGAGAUUGCAGGGACUUCAAACCCUUGGCACUAGGAGGACUUAGCAUGGUCCUUCACACUUUCCUCCACAAUGGGAACCCGGCUGGGUGACAGCAAGAGCUGAAUUCAAAUCCUGCCUCAGAUAUUAGCUAUGUGACCCUGAGCAAGUCAUUUGACCCUGUUUGCCUCAGUUUCCCCAUCAAUGAAAUGAUCUGGAGAAGGAAAUGGCAAACCACUUUCUUUCCCAAGAAAACCUUAAUUGGUGUUAGGAUGUAUCCCACACGACCGAAAAACGACCAAACAACAAAAAUAAAAUUAAAAAAUUGGCGUUUUACUCCUAAGGAAACAGACAAACAGAUGAAUUGACUUGCCGAGGAUUAGACAAGUAGCCUGAGUUCGGAUUCGAACUCGCGAAGUUAUUCUCCAGACUCCAGGACCAGUGCUCUAUGCACUUAGGGCGCUUCUAGUCAGCCGUUCGUACCCAGAGGUCCGGCCAUUUGGAGAAACCAAACGAGGCAGGGCUUCGGCUUCGUUAGCGUGUAACCAAGCAGCAACGAUUUCACCUGAACACCCCGGGGCCCCGGCAGCCACCGGCCUGAAUCUGGCACGACCAAUCAGGACCGCGCUCUCCACGGGAGCCAAUCGCGGGCACCCUUCGAGGGAUUACGUAAGUGCUAAAUAGAGCGACGCCCUUGCCUCCCGCUGCGACCAAUCAGAGUCGUAGCUGUAGGGAGCCCAAUGGGGCGGGGCGGAUUGCCUCGGGACCAAUGGUCCCGCUUCCCGGGAAUUUUCAAGGGGGCGAGCUAGAAGAAGGUCUUCCGGAGCGGGCCGCGCAGGCCUGGCCGCCCCCCGGGCUCGCCGAGGCGCUGGCUGCGCUGGGGCUGGACGGGGAGCGCGAGUACGCGGCAGAUAUCUUCGUCAGUGUCAUGGCAGGCCAGGCGCUCCCCAAGAAGGACUUGCCUCGUGCGGUGACUGCGGAGAUGCGCGCCCUCGUGGUGGACUGGCUAGUACAGGUGCACGAAUACCUGGGCCUGGCCGGGGACACGCUCUAUUUGGCCGUGCACCUGCUGGAUUCCUACUUGCGCGUGGCCCGCGUGCCGCUGCGCCGCUUGCAGCUGCUGGGGGUCGCCUGCCUCUUCGUGGCAUGCAAGGUGGAGGAGAGCGUCCGCCCCGAGCCCGCCGCCCUGUGCCUGCUGGGUGCCGGCUCCUUCUCCCCGGCCCAGCUGCUCCGCGCUGAACGGCGCCUCCUCAGCCGCCUGAACUUCCAGCUCUACUACCCGGGCCCCCUCCUAUGCUUGGGCCUGCUGGCCGCCCUGGCCCGGAGCCGGCCGCGGGUUUUGCUCCUGGCCACCUAUUUCCUGGAGCUCUCUGUCCUGGAGGCCGAGGCCGCGGGCUGGGAGCCGAGCCGUCGGGCCGCUGCGGCCUUAGCUCUGGCCCAGCGCGUGCUGCUGCACGAAACCGGAGAGGCCGCCGAACUGGGUCUUUACAGCAAGGCGGAGCUGGGCCCCAUCGAACCCUGCAUGACCCGAGCGGCGCUGCGGGGUCCGGCCCCCGGCCGGGCCGCUAUCUUUCUCAAGUACGCGAGCCCCCAGAGGCAGUGCAUCAGCCUCAUCGCCGCCCGCCUGCUCGCCGGGACCUGCCCCGCGGCCCCUGUCAGGGAGGAGGGGGAGGAGGGGGUCUCGUAAAAAAAAAAAAAAAACACCAAAAAACCAAAACUGUACGUCUGUGUAUCUGCCCUUUUAAUAAAAACGUGGUUUUUAAA